AUGCAGUUUAUUAUUUUGCAGGAAGUCUUUCCUGACAUCUCAACUAUAUGUUGUAUCUGUGACUGCUUAUAUAUAAAAAAAUCCCAGAAGAACACCACUUUGAAACUUAAUUUUCCACUAUUAGCAUCCACUUUUAACAUUCGUAAUCUGGUAUUGCUAUCAAUUUCUAGGUACCAUAACUUGGAGUAUGUGGAUGAAAGGCAUCGGCAUAGAUAUGAGGUGAACCCAGAUGUUAUUGGAAUUCUUGAAGAAGCGGGCCUAAAAUUUGUAGGGAAGGAUGAGAGUGGAAGACGAAUGGAGAUUUUAGAGCUUCCAAGCCAUCCAUUCUAUGUAGGAGUGCAAUUUCAUCCAGAAUUUAAAUCACGGCCUGGGAAGCCCUCAGCUCUCUUUUUAGGUCUUAUCUUGGCAGCAACAGGGCAGUUGGAAACAUAUCUUGACCAGCAUCCAAAUACAAGUUGACAGCAUUGAGUCGCUGUCUCAAUAUUCCCAGAUAAUUUUUUCAAGGUAGAUU